AUGACCAACAAGGAAAUGACCAACGAUGCGCCCUCCCAAAAGGCUCAUAUGGAACAGCAGCCCCUUUCGGAUGAAGAAAGUAUAACACUCCAAGAACAAGCUGUGAUACGGAAGGUUGAUUGGCGGCUGAUUCCAAUCCUGGGAGCUCUGUAUUCCAUCUCACUCAUUGACCGUGUUAAUAUUUCGAGUGCUCGCAUAGCAGGUAUGGAAAAAGAGUUACGGCUCGAUAUUGGAAAUCGGUACUCAAUAGCUUUGCUCGUCUUUUUCAUACCUUAUUUGAUUUUCGAGGGCUUUAUAACAAAUUAUGCUUCCUUGAUUGUUUGUCGGCUGUUUGUUGGAUUCUUUGAAUCCGGCUUUUUUCCGGGGUGUGUAUACCUUAUCUCAUGCUGGUACGCGAGAUAUGAGGUCCAGAAGAGAUUAGCAGCUUUCUACCUAUCAGCGGUACUUGUGGGCGGGUUUUCAGGAAUUCUAGCGUUUGGCCUCAUGCAACUGCAGGGUGUUCGAGGCUACCUUGGAUGGAGGUGGAUAUUUAUUAUUGAGGGCCUUAUAACGCAGCUCAUCGCAAUCUUUUCUUGGUUUUUCAUUGUUGACUUCCCUCACAACGCUCAGAAAACCCGAUUUCUGACAGCCCAAGAGGCAGAUUUGGUCCAACUCCGGAUUGAUAAGGACCGCCAGGAUGCCGGUCCGGAUCCUCUGACUAUAGGCAAAAUUGGAAAGCAUCUUUGUGACUGGAAAUUAUGGAUGUUCUCCCUGAUGCUGAUGGCUACAACCGCGCCGGUCUACGCUUUCGCCUUUUUCUCCCCCGUCAUCAUCAAAAGUAUGGGCUACUCCGCAGGAAUAUCCAAUCUCCUCAUCGCACCUCCCUACGUCUUCGCCGUCGCCAGUGCCUAUGUAUUCGCUUGCUUUGGCGACAAAUGGCGCAUGCGAGGCCCCAUCAUCGUCAUCCAGAGCCUAAUUUCCAUCACUGGUCUAUUACUUAUCGCCCAGCACCCUAACAACGAUGUGCGCUACUUUGGUUUGUUUAUCGGCAUUGCUGGAUGCCAGGGAAACAUCCCGGCCCUCCUCGCCCACCAGUCCAAUAAUAUCAGAAUGCAGUCGAAGCGUGCGGUGGGGACUGCAUUGCAGGUUGGUUUUGGGGCCAUUGGGGGAAUCAUUGGGUCGACGACAUUUAGGCAGGCUGAUGCGCCGCGGUAUGUGCCUGGGCUUUGGGUAUCCACAGGACUGCUCUUUGUGGUGAUUGGGCUAUUGGGAGUGACAGAAUGGCUGCUCUGGAAAAGAAAUAAGGAGAUUGAUGAGGGAAAGGCGAAGGAACCGAUUGAAGGUCUGCAAGGAUUCAAAUAUACUCUUUAA